AUGGGUAAGUGGACGUGCAUCAUCGGCAGCUUCCUGGGCUUCAGUGCUGUCGUGUCCAUGUGCAUGCUGACACCACAGCCACGUGCUGCCGCGGCCUUCCAGGCAUUUUGGUUCAGCUUGAUGGCCACCCACUGGGUGUUUCCACUCCUGCGUGGGGGGCUGUGCGCCUUGAUCCUCUCUGUUUCCCGGACCAAG